GAGGAGCUGAGAAGAGAGCAAUUCACACUUGAUUACCUCCCAAGCUCCUGAAUUGAGCAGCGGAGGCUAGACCGCUGAGCUGCGCUCUCCAGAGGCUGCACACUACCCAGCUCAGUCAGCCAUGCAGACUUCCCAAAGGCUUCUGACUCUUGGCUUCCUUCUGUUAACCCUGGCCUGUGGCCAGACAUCCGACUUUCAAGACUAUGACUUUUUGCAGUUUUUAGGCUUAGAGAAAGCGCCUUCGCCUCACAGGUUCCAACCUGUGCCUCGCAUCUUAAGGAAAAUCAUCCGGGCUCGAGAAGCUGCUGCGGCGAGCGGAGCCUCGCAGGACUUAUGCUACGUGAAGGAGCUGGGUGUCCGUGGGAACCUCCUUCGGCUUCUCCCAGACCAGGGUUUUUUCCUUAACACACAGAAACCUUCCCAAGAUGGCUCCUGUCUACAGAAGGUCCUCUACUUUAAUUUGUCUGCCAUCAAAGAAAAGGGAAAGUUGACCAUGGCCCAGUUGACUCUAGACUUGGGGCCUAGGUCCUACUAUAACCUGCAACCAGAGCUGGUGAUGGCUCUGUCUGUGGUUCAAGAUCGAGGUGUGCGGGGGCGAUCCCACCCUAAGCUGGGCAGAUUGCUUGCUCAGCUGUCUGUCCCCGGGCCUCAAGGUUCGCUUCAGUUCAACCUGCAAGGUGUGGUUAAGGAUUGGAACAGAAACCGACUGAAGAGUUUGGACUUAUACUUACAGAUCCUGGUCCAAGAGGACAGAUACUCCGGGGUAAAUGUCCAGCUCGAGAACCCCUGUGACCGGCUGAUACGGUCUCUUCAUGCCUCACUGCUGGUGGUAACCCUCAACCCUAAACACUGUCACCCUUCUUCCAGAAAAAGGAGGGCCGCCAUCCCUGUUGUCCCCAAGGGUUUUUGUAAGAACCUCUGCCACCGUCAUCAGCUGUUCAUCAACUUCCAGGACUUGGGUUGGCACAAGUGGGUCAUUGCCCCUAAGGGGUUCAUGGCAAAUUACUGUCAUGGAGACUGCCCCUUCUCAAUGACCACGUAUUUGAAUAGUUCCAAUUAUGCUUUCAUGCAGGCUCUGAUGCACAUGACUGACCCCAGGGUCCCCAAGGCUGUCUGUGUCCCCACCAAGUUGUCUCCCAUCUCCGUGCUCUAUCAAGAUAAUGAUAAGAACGUCAUUCUCCGACAUUAUGAAGACAUGGUAGUCGAUGAGUGUGGGUGUGGGUAGUCUCAGGAAUACGAUAGGAGUGUGCUUAGGGUAAAUUCUUCAAUAAAACUAC